AUGGGGCUGAAAACCGGGUCAUUUGGUGGGGAGAGAUUGUUGAAGCUAAGGAAUGGUGGGAUGGUUCCUCGGUCUAGAAUGAAGCUGUGGAUGAUAAGGGCCACCACUUCGGUGUUGUUGUGGACUUGCUUCGUUCAGUUGACGGCAUUGAGCGAGCCUUGGGGGCUUCGGGUGUUAAAGGUUUGGCCCCCUUGCUUUUCGCGAGAAUCGGCUUCUACGGCUGCCGUGGCGGCUUUGGAUGUUCAGUUGUCUCCUAAACUACCUAUUCGAGUUCUUCCCCGCAAGAGGGUGUACAAAAACUCUGGUUACCUUAUGGUUUCAUGCAAUGGAGGGCUUAACCAAAUGCGAGCUGCGAUUUGUGACAUGGUGGCAAUUGCAAGGUACCUGAAUGUUACGUUGAUAGUUCCUGAACUUGACAAGACUUCUUUCUGGAAUGAUCCCAGUGAAUUCCAAGACAUAUUUGAUGUUGAUCAUUUUAUUACAUCCUUAAGAGAUGAAGUACGUAUACUCAAGGAGCUACCUCCAAGGGUGAAGAGGAGAGUUGAGCUGGGUUUAAUCUAUACGAUGCCUCCUGUUAGUUGGUCAGAUAUAUCAUAUUAUCAUAAUCAGAUUCUUCCUUUGCUUCAGAAAUAUAAAGUUGUCCAUUUGAACCGAACAGAUGCUCGGCUUGCUAAUAAUGAUCAGCCCAUCGACAUUCAGAGGCUUCGCUGCCGAGUAAACUUUAAUGCUUUAAAGUUUACUUCUCAGAUAGAGGAUUUGGGUGGAAAAGUUAUCAAACUAUUAAGGAAAAAAGGUCCUUUCAUAGUACUUCACCUCAGAUAUGAAAUGGAUAUGUUGGCUUUUUCUGGGUGUACUCAGGGCUGCAAUAAGGAGGAGGUUUCCGAAUUAGUCAGGAUGAGAUAUGCAUAUCCCUGGUGGAAAGAGAAGAUUAUAGAUUCUGAUACGAAAAGGAAAGAAGGUCUGUGUCCUUUCACACCAGAGGAAACGGCUUUGACAUUGCGGGCACUUGGCAUUGAUCAAAGUGUACAGAUUUACAUAGCUGCUGGAGAAAUCUAUGGUGGAGAAAGAAGACUGUCUAGUCUUAAAAAAUCCUACCCAAAUUUGGUGAGGAAGGAGACAUUAUUGGAACCUUCAGACCUUAGGUACUUCCAAAAUCACUCAUCUCAAAUGGCAGCGGUGGAUUAUCUAGUUUCUCUGGAAAGUGAUAUCUUUGUUCCUACAUAUGAUGGAAACAUGGCUAAAGUUGUUGAAGGGCAUCGCAGGUACCUUGGGUACAAGAAAACAAUUUUACUGGACAGAAGGCUGCUAGUUGACUUAAUUGACAAGUAUAAUUCUGGGUCGCUAACUUGGGAGGAAUUCUCAGCUGCUGUUAAAGAUACUCAUGCUGAACGUAUGGGGAAUCCUACAAAAAGGUUGGUAAUUCCAGAUAGACUUAAAGAAGAGGAUUAUUUUUAUGCCAAUCCCUGGGAAUGUUUGCAACCACAAAAUGAAGAUGAGCCUCUUCCACUCAGCAGCAGCAUUUGA